GACAGCAUCGAGAACAACACAGACGAGAACUUGCAAAGAGAUAACCCGGCACCACAGCACCAUUGAAUACACCGAUCGAGACACUCAAAGUACAACGAAAUUGUGCCUUAAUGACGACGAUGCGACCAUCAUCAUAACAAUCUCAACCCUCCGAUCGACAUGGCCUCCCCGCGAGGACGUAGCCACUCGCCUCAGAGGAGAUCAGGCAGGCCUGGAUCAUCUGGAGGCGAGGAAUCACUUUUACCCACUCGACAAAUCGAAGCCUUCUCCCGAACAGUACAAGCAACAGCCUCCUCCCUCAUCACCUCUCCCUUCACAUCCAGCCACGAUGCACCAGGACAGGACCACUACCGCAGUGCUCUCUCCUCCGUCCACCGCCUCUCGAAACGACCCAUGAUCCAACGCAGCGUCUUCUCCUUUGCCAAAGCCAACCCACGCGAGCUCAUACGCUCCAACUUCAACACCCACGAAAUCGAACACCGAGCGUUGACAUAUCUCCCGGACGAUCUUUUGCGAAACAUCCCGCAGACGAACUCUCCAUUCAGUCUACUCGAGGGCUUUCGCGCCAGCUUACCCGAAGACGACGCAGCAGCGGAUAAAGCAGUGAGGAGGAAACGACAUUCGCGUCAUGGCAGUCGGAAUCAGAAAUUGUUGGAGGGCGUGGAAGAGGAGCGUAGUGGGCCGCCGAAGCUGCAGAAGCUACGAAAAGAGAAAGAUCGGCUGGGACAUCGGGUUGAGAUGAUGGGCAUUCGAAAGACGAUGUGUGCGAGCGAGAUUCGAGAGAUUGAUAACAAGAUUGCGAAUCUGAACACCAUGCGGAAAGUCAUAUUGGAGAGGCUGGCAGGUCUAGAGGAUGAAGAGCGCGAGCUGGACACGGAGUUGGGGGAGGUGACGGAACGGUUUGAGACGUUGCAAGAGCAAUUGGCGGAUGAGGCGAUUCUGGCCGCCCAUAGCAGUCCCGCACUGGCGCCUGUCACGGAGGAGAAAGAUGCUGGGUUGGAGGAGGCAGAUUCGUUCAUGUCGGAAAGCAUAUACGAGCAGCUACCAAAGGUGAAGGAGCCGCCGCCAACGACUCCGAAGGCGAAGCGGAAGAAGACAUCGAGGAGAGUCAGCAGCAUGCCUGUCUUGCACGAGCACAUGGAGCCUGGGAGUCGGAUACGAGAAUUGCAGGCUCAUACGGAUGUUAUUACGGCUCUGGACUUCGAUGCUCCAUUCGGUAUUGCAGUGACUGCUGCACUCGAUGAUACCGUCCGAGUGUGGGACCUCAACGCUGGCCGCUGUAUGGGCAUGCUCGAGGGGCAUCUCUCUAGCGUGAGGUGCUUACAAGUUGAGGAUAGCCUGGUAGCGACCGGAUCCAUGGACGCCAGUAUUCGCCUAUGGGACCUCAGCCAAGCCGAAUACAACCCUCAAGUUAACAACAGCAGUAAUAUCAGCACGAAAGUACCAGAAGAAGAAGGCGAAGAUGACCAACUCUUCACGGAACCCAGCUCCCCAACUCCACUCCAACCCGACCACCAAGCCGGAGGCGACGCAAUGAAAGACUGCCACAUGUACACCCUCUCCGCCCACGUCGCGGAAAUCACAGCCCUCAACUUUCGCGGCUCAACUCUGGUCUCAGGCUCCGCGGACAAGACUCUCCGACAAUGGGACCUCGAAAAAGGCCGCUGCGUGCAAACACUCGACGUGCUCUGGGCCGCCGCACAAGCUGCUACGCUCAACACCUCCGCUGCUCCGAGCGUCAACACCGCCGGGUCGAGCACCACCGUCGAUGCAGGAGGAUGGUGGCGUCCUACGGGUGGCAGACUGCAAAGUGCAGAGUCGGACUUUAUCGGUGCGUUGCAGGUAUUCGAAACGGCACUGGCAUGUGGCACUGCGGAUGGAAUGGUACGACUGUGGGAUUUGCGGUCGGGAAUGGUGCAUCGGAGUCUGGUGGGGCAUACGGGUCCCGUCACGGCAUUGCAGUUCGAUGAUGUCUAUCUCGUGACGGGGAGUCGGGAUCGGAGUAUACGGAUAUGGGAUCUCCGAACAGGCAACAUCCACGACGCCUUCGCGUACGACAGUCCUAUCACCAGUAUGCAAUUCGACGCGCGGAGAAUCGUGGCGGCCGCGGGUGAGGAUGUGGUUAAGGUGUAUGAUAAGACGGAUGGGAGGCAGUGGGACUGUGGCGCGGGUGCGAUGGCGGAGGAGGAUGGGUCGAGGCCGGCGGUGGUGGAGAGGGUGAAGAUUCGGGAUGGGUAUAUGAUUGAGGGGAGGAGGGAUGGUGUUGUUGGGGUUUGGAGUUGUUGA